AGCGCAACGGCAAAGUAAUCUAUUGGUUAAGGACACAGCGAACAACAAAAAUCAUAGGAAAAUCUUCGGAAAAUCAUCGUUAAAAGGCUGCUAGAGUGCUGCAGCUGGCCACAUAAACGGGCAGCCGGUGUAUUUUUGCUGAUUGACUUUUUUGUGUGUGCGCGAUUUCUGGAUUACACAACACGGAGCACGCUUGCGGCGAUUUUCCUUCGUUUUCCCCGAAUAAACAGGGACUUUUACACCGAGUACUGUGACCAUGGAUAACGUAUCGCUGGAAAACCUUUCCUCUUCCCAAAAGGAUGAGUUGAUGACGACAAUUAAGCAGAAAAUUGCGAUAGCCAACGCUCAGGAGCUAGUGACCAAAAUGACCGAGAAAUGUUUUAAAAAGUGCGUAGGCAAACCAGGACAGGACUUGGACAGCUCAGAGCAGAAAUGCAUCGCCAUGUGCAUGGACCGGUUUAUGGACUCCUGGAAUGUCGUCUCCCGAUCGCUCAUGCAGCGCGUCCAGCAAGAACAGUACAAAGGAUAAGACCGUGUUCCGGGGUGGUGGCGGAACCAGAGCUAUGAUUAAACAGUGCGCUACGCUUAGUCUCAUUCGUCGGCGUCGAUCUUGCAUUACCUUUCAGCGUUUAUUAUCGGGAACGGUGGACGACGGGACGUUUGUUCGAGUUCAUAAACCCUCACACUAGCCAAUAAAUCAUACCCAGACGGACUUGUCGAAGAUACCAA